CCGAAUGCGACGCGGGCCACAGAUAAUGAUGUGGCGGGCCACAUGUGGCCGGCGGGCCUGGGUUUGGACCACCCUGGUCUAAGUAGAAAUUCCAGAAACCCCUUUUUGAAAAUCCCUGGCCACGCCCUGCGUUGAAAUGUUUUAUUUAAACAAAAUCGGAAAUUAUUCUCAGAAUUCAGAAUUGUAAAAUUAACGAUUUACUGUGAAAAUUAGCAAUUUUUUUAUAAAAUUCGUUCGUGUUAGAGAAAGUAAGCAGCCUCAAGUAAUGUUGUCUUAACUUUAGGAAAAUACGCUGUUAAUUAGUCGCAUAAGAUUUGUUUAGGUUAUUAAGCUGGCCUGUAAAUAUCUCAAUUUUUUUAUUCUCUCAAAUAUAAUUAAUAGCUUGUAAAUUGAAUACCUUAACCAAAUGAGAAUGUCACAAGCAGAUAAAGAGCGAUUUGCUCGUGAAAAUCAUUCAGAGAUCGAACGCAGACGCAGAAACAAAAUGACAGCAUACAUCACUGAACUUUCGGACAUGGUACCGAGUUGUAGCGCACUCGCACGAAAACCAGACAAACUGACAAUAUUGCGAAUGGCUGUGUCGCAUAUGAAGCAGUUACGUGGACUUGGAGGAAACGGAUUAGACAAACCAGCUUUUCUCACAGAUCAAGAAUUGAAGCAUUUAGUGUUAGAGUCAGCUGAUGGAUUUCUUUUCGUAGUAUCGUGCGAAACUGGACAAGUUACAUUCGUUUCUGAUACUGUUACUCCAGUGUUAAAUCAAGCGCAUUCUGAUUGGAUGAAUCAUCGUAUUUAUGACCUAAUUCAUCCACAAGAUGUCGCUAAAGUACAAGAACAAAUGAUGAUCGAAGACUCGUCAAACGCUGGACGGAUGUUGGAUCUCAAAACAGGAGCUAUCAAGAAAGAAUCCAUGCUUUCAAGCGAAGGAACACGUCGUGCGUUUAUAUGUCGCAUGCGAUGCGGAAAACUUCAAGUUAGCGCUUCAGAACCGAGAUAUCGCUUAGCUGAAGGUCAUAUAAUGGAAGGUGAAAAUAUUUAUGCUCUGACGCACGUCACAGGCUAUAUCAAACCAUGGCCACCUAGUGGUUACAAUGGCGAUGAAUUACAAGCAGGGAUAAUGGACGAGCUGACCGCACAAAGUCAAUUGAAUGGUGAAUACUGUUUAGUUGGUAUCGCAAGACUUCAAAUUCCAAGCAAUUCUGUGAUUGGGAGUCUAGCGCCACCUAAUGAUAUAACCGAAUUCGUUUCAAGGCACAAUUUUGAUAACGUUUUUACAUAUAUUGACGCAAGAGUUUCGAAUAUUCUGGGAUAUCAACCGAGAGACCUAAUCGGAAAACGUCCUGUCGAUUUCUGCCACCCAGAUGACACAGAAAAAAUUGCAGAGAGUUUCAAACAAGUGAUGCAACUGAAAGGACAAAUGUUUUCCACAAUUUGUAGAUUCCAAGCGCACAACGCGGAAUAUAUCUGGCUUCGAUUGAGCUCUUAUGCUUUUCAAAACCCGUAUAAUAAUGAGGUUGAAUAUAUCGUGAGCAACUACUCUCUCGUCAAACAAAAUCAAAAUAAUCACAGGUCCGUUGAGGAACAGCUGUCAUCACACUCAAGAGCAGAGCAAAGUUACAUCAUAGGUUCAAAUCCAAGCCAGUCUCCAGAUAUCCAAUCCCCUACCGCGACGCUAAAUUACCCCCCGCAAAACGUAUCCUACGCUGCACCCCAGAGUUCUCACUACUCUACGACCCCGACUGGAACUCUAGCCCCAGGUUGGAAUCCUGUCGACCCAUCUAGCUCUGAUUACCCCCAUGCUUUAUUGGAUCGCUACCAAGGUGUUAUCGCAACGCAACAUUCUCACGCAGAUAUUCCUGCGUCAAAUCUGUCUUAUGCUGGAUUUUCUUCCGAUGGAAGGCAAGGGGAAUACCCCUCUCAAGAGACUAUGAUGUCAAUGCUAGAACAUGGGGUUAACAAUCACCCCCACGCUGAAUUUACAGAGCUUUUCACCCCCUUUUCUGCAUCUUAAUUGUAAAAUAAGUUUUCUGGCGUAUUUGAGAGAGGAAAGCUGAUAAGACUAUCUAAUACAGGCGUUCUUGAUUUUUUUUUUAUCUUUUACCCCUUCGGCAUUCAAAAAGUAAAAUUUAUCCCUUCAAUUGAGUGAACCAGUGUUUCCCAACCUAUGUGUCGCGUCUCGAAUCUGGGUCGCCUGAAGCAAUGGUCGGCAACCUUUUUUCGGCGACGAUCCGGUAAAGCCUGACGAAAGUUUUGUCGGACCACCUUGUACAGACAGAAUAAGCUUAUGUAAUAAAUUAUAUGUGUUAGGAUAAAUAGGUUGAUAUUAAAUUCAAAGAAUAAAGGUGAUGUUAUUCAAGUAAUGUGUUUUCUCACGUUCAGCCUACUGCGAUUUUGUAGUUGUCAACACAUAGAUGUAAACAUGUCUGUAAAGCUUUUUCGCAAUGUCGGGGUAUUCAGGUAGUAGUAUUGCCCAAAAGACUGUCGGAGUACCCUAUGAAUCGCAAAGACUCUUUUCAACUAAUUAUUGUUUGAGUUGUUAAUCAACUAAACAUGUUAUUAGGAUAUUGUCCGUCUUUUGUGCCAUGUUUCUGCGGACCGGUAGUAACCUUUCCGCGGACCGGCGAUGGGCCGCGGCCCGGUGGUUGCCGACCACUGGCCUAAA